AUGUCAGAAUCCCCAAUUUCACCUACGCAUACAACAAGAAGCUCUUCGCCUGAUAAAAGCAGCCAACAGGAUUAUCAAAUCGAAGACGAAAGCCCUUCCGAGAACCAAAAGACACAGAGACGUUCAAAAGCCAUCGACUUGAUACGCGCCCGAACGGUCAUCCGCAUGUCUCCUCCAGCGUCUGCAGAGAACUCUCCCGUGACGACGGAGUCGCCAGGGCGAUCCCCAAAGUUAUCCCCAACAAGGUUACCGGAGAAAUGCUCAGGAAGCCCUUCACAAAGGCCACCGGAUAGACUGGUGCUAAAGUCGCCUAGCAAGUCGCCAAAGAAACCACCAGGAAAGUCACCAAAAACGUCGCCAGUCCGGCAGAACAUGCAACCACAAUAUCCCGCUCCAUGUGGAGAGCCUGUUCAGCUGUACAAAAACCCUGUUCCCUCACUGGGACCGUCUCCCAUGCCGAAGCCUGAGAGAGAGCAGAGUUCUGCAACCUCAAGCGGCGAAGCGGAUUAUCAGUCUUUUGGUGGUAAUUAUAAAUAUCUGUACAUGCUGAACACGCAGCUUCCCCCCCAGCAGGAUGCUGCCAGUGCGUUACAUCCUGCUUCGCAUGUUGUUUCUGACUAUAAUGGAGGUACGACUAUGGAGCAAAGCCCAACCCUCCAAUUCGGACAGGUCCUCCUCCCUACCCAGUUUCGAAGUGGCUACAGCAGUCUCAUGUCAUUUGAAGAAGAAUGGAGGGCGAAUCUGGAAUCCUUCGAUACACCUAUGGCUUGCGAACAAAACAUAGCUGUAACAAUCGACCAGUUUAAUACCACUAACACGAGUGAGGGAAAUAUAGCCCCGAACCAAACUCUUGCAGCCGCCCCGGAAACAAAUAGCACAACCGAACGCAGCGAGGCGCAAGACACUCAACCUCAACCUCUCCCAAACUCGAUCCCGCGCAGAAACACACUCUCCACAAAACCCAAACCAAAGCUAUCCCCCAUCCAAGAAAUAUCUCGCCAAGACACCCUAUCACCAAAGUCAGAAACCUCCUCAACAGCCAUAACAACAGAUCCCCCAUCCCCCGCCAGAUCCAUCGACUCGAGCCAGUUCUUCAAGCACGCCUCAUCAAUAAGCACCCAGUCCAGUCCCACCUCCAGCACAGCAACCACAACAACACGCAAACAAAAACCCUCCGACUUCUUUUACCAACUCGACAGCCAUGGCUUCCCCUGUGCCACUAGCAUAUGUGAUAACCGCUGCAACCUCUGGGACGGCACGAGCGUGAUUUGUCCUAAAUGCGGACCCUAUUCUGAGAUCCGGUAUUGCUCAAAGGCCCAUCUGCUCGAGGACGUCAAGUGGCACUGGGCGUACUGCGGAAUGAUGAGCUUUGAGUAUCCAUGCAAAGAGAGCAGUAUCCCGAGGGAGAUCCGGGUGAAUAUGCCAUGUUUGAUCCCAUGUGUGCAUGGGUAUGAUACACCUGAGAGACAUCGACAGGCUGUUUAUUUUAAUGUCUGUGGUGCACAGGGGGAUUAUUUUAUCUUUUCGGAUUGGGGUGAUUUGAUGGAGGCCGGUGGGGGGUCUGAUGGGAUGGCGGCGAGGUGCUCGUCGAGGGUUAUUUGUACGGUUGUGUUUGAGGAUCCAGCUGAGAAAGAUCGGUUUCGUCGUGUUCUCGCGGCUUGUCUUUUCUUAACAAUCGAAGUCCCCGAUCUAGUCGACUAUCUCUUCCGCCUAAUCCGUCACAACCUGCGUACAAAAUCCCUCUGGUCGAAAACCUUCCACCAGUCCCUAAUACAUCAACUGUCCCAAGAACUUUCCAUCCAAAUCCAACCGCACAUCACCGGUGAGCGCCACGCCUGUCCAACAGACUGGGAUGGAUGCAGCCGGCGCGCUUGUAAAGACGUUGUUUGUCGAAGUGAGUAUCGGCAAUUGCUUGGGAAAUUAGGGGGGAUGGGGUUUGGGCGGUUGCUGGAGCAUUUGGAGGCGGGGUAUUGGGUGCUUAGGCUUGCGAGGAGUACCCAUCCUGUGGUUAGGGGCUUGGAGGACAGGAUGAGGGGAGUGGGGUUUGAGGGUGUGUUGGAAGAGGAUAGAAGGGUUUUUCGGAGGGGGGUUGGGUGGGAUGGAGCUGGGAGUGGAUGUAUGGAAAUUGAGAGGGUUAAUAUUUAA